UGCCAUCUCAGUGUAGUGGGAAACAGAAGGGCACCACGCAAAUUGUGCGGGUAACAAAAUGACUAGUCAAUGGAUGGACGGGUUUUGGCUUAAAGUUAAUAUUCUGCUUUCACUUUUGUCACUGAUCGUUUGCUUGUCUAAUUGCCCUUGCUCUGAAAGUUCCUUCUGCAAUCCAAUAGUUAGUCCUCCAAGAAAAGAGAUAUUUGUAUUUCAACUUGGAGGCACGGACUGGAAGAGCUAUGAUUGGUCAGUUGUCACCACAGUUGCUAUGUUUGGAAAGUACGACCCUCAGUUGAUGUGCUAUGCCCAUUCUAAGGGUGCCAGGGUGGUUUUAAAAGGUUACCUAUCAGCAACACAACUUAAAAAUAAAACCAUAACACAGCAAUGGAUAUCACAACAAGUUCAAUUGGCAGUUGAUCAGUUUAUGGAUGGUAUCAAUAUCGACAUUGAAGGUCCUUUGGACAAAUCGGAAGCUCCGUUACUAACACAGUUGGUUGCUGACACCACCAAAGCUUUCCAUCAAGCUAUACCAGGUUCACAGGUUACCACUGACGUAGCAUGGUCACCUGACUGUAUCGACAAACGCUGCUAUGACUACAAAGGUCUUGCAGAAUCGUGUGACUUCCUGUUCUUGAUGUCGUACGAUGAACAGAGCCAGAUUUAUGGUGACUGCAUCGCUAUGGCAAAUUCCCCAUACAAUAAAACUGUUUCUGGUGUUGAGAAGUUUUUGAAGCUUGGUAUCUCAACUGACAAACUUGUGCUUGGUGUACCCUGGUAUGGGUAUGAUUAUCCCUGCAUUCAUUUAACUGAGGACCAUGUAUGCAGUAUUGAGAAGGUUCCAUUCCGUGGAGCACCAUGCAGUGAUGCUGCUGGCAAACAGAUUGCGUAUGGUGCCAUACGGAAGAUGUUGAGUGUUAAUUCCACAACAGGACGUCUGUGGAACAGUACUUAUGCUGCUCCUUACUUCCAGUAUAGGAGCACUUCAACAGGUGUUACCCAUCAGAUGUGGUAUGAUGACCCGCAGAGUCUCAAGUACCGUUACAAUUACGCAAGUAACGUUAACCUCCGUGGAGUCGGUAUGUGGCAUGGAGACUGUCUGGAUUAUAGUGGUGAUAGUACGGCUGAGCAACAAACAAAAGACAUGUGGGAUGCCAUUGCUUCAUUUCUUUGAAAAUUAUACAAACUAACAACCAAGUGCCUAUUUAAAGCUCUAUUACACAUUUUGGAUGAAUUUAAUUGUUAUUAUUUUAUAGUACUUGCCUUGUGGCCUGUCAUUUAAAUUUUUUUGUUUUUCAUCAUACAGUAUUGUACUACUGUAUACAGUAGGUAGAAAUCUGUCUAUUUAAACAUUAGUUACAAACCAAAUUGCAGUUAGAGCAUAUGUGGCCUGGCCUGGGACAAACACUAGGUGAUGGUAGUCUCUCAGGCAUCUUCCCAAUGUCUACCAAAUAUUUUCGAACAAUGCCACCAGCAGGGGCAUAGGCUGGUUUGGAACUGUGGGGAGAAGGUGCAAAAGUUGAGAAUAUGGAAUUAAUUCCCUAUUCCAAUGAAAGUUGAUUAUAUAUAUAGUAUUUCAACCCACCCCCAAGCCUGCACCCAUGACCAGCAAGCCAAUCGAGUCUUGUUUUAUUCAUUGAAUGACAGCUUCUUUGUUGGCUUGGACUGUGCAAGAAAAGUCUAGCCUACUGCAUGGUAAGCACAUGGAAGAUUUUCAUGUUUGUGCAGCUUAAGUUUGAAAUUUUGUUAAGUACUUAAAAUAUUAGUCCAUUCAGAUUGGCCUACACAGUGGUGGUGGUGAAGAUUACUAAUGGAAACAUUAAGUAAUAUAAUAUUACUACAAUAAUAAGGAACAAAAAAAA